AUGUCUGUGCACCGGCUCGGCUUCACAGAGCUUUCCGGGAGUCAAGGCACAAAGGACGGGACAUAUCGAGUCAACAUCAUUUUCGUGCAUGGCCUAGGAGGGCAUCCUCAACACACAUGGGAGGACAGCAGGAGCAAGAACAGGGAGAGCGUCAAUGGGGGCAAUCAUAGUGAAGCGGGGACAAGUAAACGGAAGCUCUUCAAACGCCUCUUCAAGUCCAAAGCAUUGCCCUCGGCCCCGAGUUCGACGACUGUCUCAAGUUCAAUUUCGACAUCGGGUUCAGCCAAAGACUCAGGUUUAACCUCAACAUCGAGUUCGAUCACGGCCUGGAGCUCGACCACAACACCCACCUCGGUUACGGCCUCAGUCGCCAACAACGAUACCGGCAAAGAGUACACCAAAAAGCUAUUCUGGCCAAGAGAAUAUCUUACAGAGGACAUCCCCGAGGCCAGAGUGUGGACAUACGGCUACAAUGCGGAUGCCGUCGGGGGUGUGUUCCAAGCGAACAACAAGAACAGCGUAUCUCAGCAUGCCCGAGACUUUGCAGUGCGCGUUGAGCGAGACAUACGAAAUGAGGACCCAAUCUUAUUCGUCGCGCAUAGUCUCGGCGGCAUCAUUGUGAAAGAUUACGUCGGUCAGAUGUGUGCCGUGCGCGAACUAAACUCAUCAUCUUCCUGGGAUUCGAACACAAGAAUCAUCAAGACACUGGAUGUGAAUAGCGAGGUCUUGGAAAACAUCCACGAGGAUUUCAAGACGAUUGUGAGCCAGUCUCAGAUUUGGAUUCACUCGUUUCAGGAAGGACGGGGAAUUUUGGGUAUCAAAGGUUUGCACAAUAAGGUGGUGGAUGAUUUCUCCUCGAAACUCGAUCUUCCGCGGCCCCUCGAAACGGUCGAGACCAUCGAUGCGGACCACAGGCAGAUGGCCAGGUGUGCCGACAGGUCGGAUGCACAGUACCGGGCUAUCUUUGGGGUUCUCGAGCAUUUCAUUCACCGUGCGGCCCUUCCCUGCUAUUACAUUCCACUCCCUGAGAACCGGCGCUUUGUCGGACGUGAGAAGGCGCUGGACGCUCUCAAGGCAACGUUUUUUGUGCAAAAGGAGUGUCAGAAAGCCAGUAUUGUCGGCCUAGGGGGUGUCGGCAAGACGCAGGUUGCGCUUCAGUUGGCAUACUGGACAAAAAAGAACCAACCCGAUUUCUCCAUCUUCUGGGUGCCUGCGUUGAGCAUGGCCAGUUUCGAACAGGCCAUGACCGCAAUAGCGAAAAAGCUCCCUAUCCAGGAAACUGGCGAGGAUGAGGACCCCAAGGAAUCCGUGCAGCGAUUUCUAAGCUCUGAGGCAGCGGGGCCAUGGCUCCUUGUGGUGGACAACGCGGACGACGAAGAGAUCAUCUUUGGCUCUGCAGACCGGCCGGGCGGUAUCAGCGACUAUCUUCCCGAAAGUGACACCGGACUUACUUUGUUCACGACACGGUUUCAGGAGGUGGCUGUAUCGGCCACCGGGAGUGAUGUGGUCGAACUGAACGAGAUGGAGCACGCGGAGGCGGUUGAUUUCCUAGAAAAGUCACUGAUACACAAGAGCCUGCUUCGUGACGAAACGGCGACUACAGAACUCCUGAAGGAGCUCACAUACCUACCCCUGGCGAUCACACAAGCCGCAGCUUACAUCAACAAGAAGAAGAUACCCCUGACGGAGUACAUCGGCCUACUACACAGCACGCAGCAGGAUAUCAUUGGCCUUAUGAGCAAGGAAUUCCGAGACAGCACCCGAUAUCCUGGGUCUCAGAACGCCGUUGCAACAACGUGGCUCGUAUCAUUCGAUCAGAUCCGAAAAUCUGAUAGCGCAGCCGCCGACCUGCUCUCAUUUAUAUCUCGCAUCGAGCCCAAGGGAAUACCCCAAUCCCUGCUACCCGAUCUUGACUCGGCCGAAAAGUUUGUGGAUGCCAUCGGGACGUUGUGCGCAUACGCCUUUCUCACUAGAAGAGGUGAAAGCAAAGUGUUCGACAUGCAUAGUCUCGUCCACCUAGCGACGCAAAUCUGGGUUCAGCGAGAAGGCCUAGCGGAAAUAGCAGACGAAGAUGCGACUUGGCAACUUGCCACGAUUUUCCCGACUCCUGACUAUGAAAACCGUGCUAUAUGGAGAGAUUAUCUCCCGCAUGCUCUCAAGCUAUUGCAGCACAGUGAAGACUUCGAUUCGGAGGACAGGUCUGAUUUGUUACUGGCGGUUGGACAGUGCCUGCUUGUGGAUGGCCGGAUUACUGAAGCUGUCCGGAGUCUAGAAGAGGCUUGUCGGUGGCCAAACCGAACGCUCGCUCCUGAUCACCCCAACCGGCUCGGAGCGCAGCGCAUGCUCGGGAAAGCUUAUGAAGCGAAUUGUCAGUCUCAAAAGGCCAUAGAGGUACUCGAACAGGUCGUCUCCAUUGAGGCACAAACUCUCGCCGAUGACGACCCCGACCGGCUCGUGUCGCAGCAUAUCCUAGCGGGAGCGUAUCAAGGCGACGGCCAGACCAAAAAGGCCAUCAUGCUCCUGAAGCACAUUCAUUCCAUUCAGGCCAAAACCCUCGCCCCCAAUCACCCCGACCGACUCCGGUCACAGCACACGCUCGGGGUGGUCUACAACACCAACGGCCAAUUUGCCGAGGCCAUUGCAGUGCUCGAGCCAAUCGUUGCUACCAAGGCCCAAAUCUUUGCCGAAGACCACCCCACACAUCUCGCAUCACUGCGCGCGCUUGCAAUAGCCUACAGGAAUAAUGGCCAAGUCAAAAAGGCUAUUCAACUCCUCGAGCAGGUCGUCGCCAUUGAGGCGCGGGUUCUUCCAGACGACCAUCACUCACGGCUCACUUCACAACACGGGCUUGCUAAAGCCUACCAAGCUAACGGACAGAUCAAAGAGGCUGUGGCGCUACUUGAGCACGUUGUUACUGUCCCGCUGCUAGAGCGGAUCGUGGCAUUGCGCAACCAGGGCCUACCCGAAGAUCUCCCCGCAGUUCUUGAGUCGCAGGAAUUGCUGGCCUUCCUAUACACAUACGGGGGAAACGAGCGCGUCGAAGAGGCCGUGAUACUGCUUGAGGAUGUUGUUACAAUCAAGACUCGAGUGCUUCCUGACAAUCAUCCUUCCCUACUAUCGUCCCAGCAGGCCCUUGCAAUUACUUACGAAUCCAAUGGACAACUCGACGAGGGCGUGGCGUUGCUUGAGCGGGUGGUUUCCACGAAAGCUCAAAUCCUUCCCGAGGAUCACCCUUCACUCCUUGCGUCGCAGGACUGGUUGGACGGCAUGUUAGAAUCUAUGGAGCAAAACAACAGUUAG